CGCUCCGCUCUUCUCAUUGCAACUUUUGCAGGGUCUCUACAGUCAUGUUAUACUCUAGCUCAAGUCAACCUGCAAUUUGGCUCAACAUUUGAGCUAAAAACAAUUCACAAUCCGCGGGGUUGUGUUGCAGAAAUCUUCCUUUAUAAUUUUCCCGUGGACUGAGCACGAAUUUGGAACCCUGGAUGGGAUUUUAGACAUACUAAACUGGGCUAGUAAUGCAGGAGACAGAGACUCUGUCAGUGGCUCAAGAUGGCAGAUUUUUAUUGAGUUCUGAACAGAUAUCUUGCUUUAUUUUCUGCCAUGAAUAACAGAAGUCCUUGCACCGAUGGCCCCUGUGUACGAAGGUAUGGCCUCGCAAGUGCAAGUCUUGUCCCCUCACACUCUCCAGUCAAGUGCCUUCUUUAGCGUGAAGAAGCUGAAGGUGGAGCAGAGUUCAUACUGGGAUAUGACAGGGUACGGCUCACACAGCAAAGUCGUCUACAACCAGAACAGCAAGCAGCAAUUGUCCCAAGCCACCUCUCUGGGAAUCAAUUCCUCUCUGCCCUACGAGCAGCCUGCGCUCAUCUUCCCGGCGAGUGCAGGGAAAAUUGUGGUUGCCUCGGCCAGCAGUACCUCAGGCACUGCAGGUCCUCUGGGGCCUCUGUUGAGCUUGGGCGGUAGCGGUAGUGGUAGCGGCGGUGGAGGCAGUAGCAGUAGCGGAGGAGGAAGCGGUGGAGCAGUCCACAACCUGACCCGUCGCAGCACCGUCAGCCUGCUGGACACCUACCAGCGAUGCGGGCUUAAGCGCAAGAGUGAGGAGCUUGACAACAGCAACAGCAGCGUGACGAUCAUUGAGGAGCACGGCGGCAGCACAACGAUGAUCCAGAACGCAGCCAGCGGGGCCACAGUGGCCAUCGCCACGGCAACGGCCACAUCGACAGCCACCUCCAAGAACAGUGGUUCCAACAAUGAAGGGGACUACCAGUUGGUGCAGCACGAGGUGGUCUGCUCCAUGACCAACACCUACGAGGUGCUAGAGUUCUUGGGCAGAGGCACCUUUGGCCAAGUGGUCAAGUGCUGGAAGAGGGGCACCAACGAGAUUGUGGCCAUCAAGAUCCUGAAGAACCACCCAUCGUACGCGCGCCAGGGCCAGAUCGAAGUGAGCAUCCUGGCCCGGUUGAGCACAGAGAGUGCAGACGACUUCAACUUUGUGCGUGCCUACGAGUGCUUCCAGCACAAGAACCACACGUGCCUGGUGUUCGAGAUGCUGGAGCAAAACCUGUACGACUUCCUCAAGCAGAACAAGUUCAGUCCACUGCCGUUGAAGUACAUUAGGCCAGUCUUACAGCAGGUGGCCACAGCCCUGAUGAAGCUCAAGAGCCUGGGCCUGAUCCACGCUGACCUGAAGCCAGAGAACAUCAUGUUGGUGGACCCCUCCAGGCAGCCCUACCGAGUCAAGGUCAUUGACUUUGGCUCGGCCAGCCACGUGUCCAAAGCCGUGUGCUCCACCUACCUGCAGUCCAGAUACUACAGAGCUCCGGAGAUCAUCCUGGGCCUGCCCUUCUGUGAGGCCAUCGACAUGUGGUCCCUGGGCUGUGUCAUCGCUGAGCUCUUCCUAGGCUGGCCCCUCUACCCAGGGGCCUCCGAGUAUGACCAGAUCCGAUACAUCUCUCAGACACAGGGGCUGCCUGCGGAGUACCUCCUGAGUGCAGGGACUAAGACUACCAGAUUCUUCAACAGAGACACAGACUCCACCAACUACCCUCUGUGGAGGCUGAAGACACCAGAGGACCAUGAGGGAGAGACGGUGAUCAAGUCCAAGGAGGCCCGGAAGUACAUCUUUAACUGCCUGGAUGACAUGGCUCAGGUUCAGAGCACUGUGAAUAUGACAUCAGAUUUGGAGGGCAGUGACAUGCUGGCGGAGAAGGCAGACCGUAGAGAGUUCAUCGACUUGUUGACCAAGAUGCUUACGAUCGACGCGGACAAACGGAUCACCCCCAUCGAGACCCUCAAUCACCCAUUCGUAACCAUGACCCACCUCCUUGACUUCCCCCACAGCACACAUGUCAAGUCCUGCUUCCAGAACAUGGACAUCUGUAAGCGUCGUGUGGGCAUGUACGACACGGUCAACCAGAGCAAGACCCCUUUCAUCACCCACGUGGCCCCCAGCACCUCUACCAACCUUACCAUGACCUUCAACAACCAGCUCAACACUGUGCACAACCAGGCCACCAACCUGGCUCCCUCCACCACCAGUACCACCCUUUCCCUUGGCAACCCCGAUAUCUCCAUAUUAAACUACCCAUCUGCACUCUACCAGCCCUCAGCGGUGACACAGAGGAGCAUGCCCCUGCAUCCUGUGGCCCCUCAGCUCUGUGCUGCCCGGCCUGACCCCUUCCAGCAGGCCCUCAUCGUCUGCCAACCUGGCUUCCAAGGUAUGCAGGCCUCCCCGUCCAAACACACGGGCUACUCUGUGCGGAUGGAUAACGCCGUUCCCAUAGUGACGCAGGCCCCCGGCACCCAGCCCCUGCAGAUCCAGCCAGGCCUGUUGACACAGCAGGCCUGGCCCAAUGGCACCCAGCAGAUCCUCCUCCCCCCCGCCUGGCAGCAGCUCACCCACACCUCAGUCCAGCACGCCACCGUCAUCCCUGACUCCAUGACGGCCUCCCAGCCCCUGGCUAACUGGAGGAAUUCUCACCCACACGGCAGCCAUUACAAUCCCAUCAUGCAACAGCCGGCACUGCUGGCUGGCCACGUCACCCUCCCAUCCAACCACAACCAGCCUCUCAAUGUGGGCGUGGCCCAUGUGAUGAGGCAACCGUCAACCAAUAACAACAACUCCUCUUCCAAAAAGAACAAGCAGCAUCAGAUGACUGCCAGGAACGUGUCUGCGUACGAGGUGUCCUCCUCCCAGGCGGUACAAUCACCACAGCGCUCCAAGCGGCUGAAGGAGAACACCCCUCCACGUUGUGCUGUGCUUCAGAACAACGGCCCUUCCUCCAGCUCCAGCUGCGGACCCCCCCUGGGCUGUGGAGGGUGGGGACGGGGCGAGGCAGAGCAGGCCUCUAGCACCACCAGGGAUCACCAUCAGCACCACAACGGGCAGCGUCAGACCAUCAUCAUCCCUGAUACGCCCAGCCCUGCCGUCAGCAUCAUCACCAUCAGCAGUGACACGGACGAGGAGGAUGAUCACAAGAAUAGCAACACCAACCAUACUAGGUACAGCUCAUUCAGGCAGAGGAAGAACGUCAUCAGCUGUGUCACAGUACACGACUCCCCCGACUCUGACUCAUCCAGUAACAACAGUCCCUAUGCAGUAGAGUCCAGGCAGCCCAACAACAACGGCUACCAUGACUCCAAGACCACCCUGCUGGACAACUACAGCAACGGAAACAACCUUCGCUCCAUCAUCAUCCCCCCUCUGAAGAGCCAGUCCAGCGAGGUGCUGAGCGAGUGUGAGCGCCUGAUGCCAGGUACCUACACAGAUAUCUACACAGAUGCAAUGAAUCAUCAGAAUUCGGCAUACAAGUUCAAAACCUCCAACGGUGCGGGCAUUGUGUCUGGCAACAACCACCUGUCAGGGGGCGUGGCUUACCGACAGCAGCGCUCGGGGCCAAACCCCUUCCAGCAGCAGCAGCCUCUCAAUCUCAGCCAGGUAUGGAGAGAGAGCCAAGCCCAGCAUCACAUGGUAACUGAGCGGAACGGAGGCCACCGGCACCAGCAGGCUUACAUCACCCCAACCAUCGCAGCCCAGGCCCCCUACUCCUUCCAGCACCACAACAGCCCCUCUCACACUGCCAACGUCCACACCCACCUGUCUGCCACCCACCUGGCUGCCACCCACCUGCCCGGCCAGCCCCACCUCUACACCUACACUGCCACGCCCGCAGCACUGGGGUCCACGGGCACUGUGGCCCACCUGGUGGCAACCCCGGGCUCUGCCCGCCACACGGUCCAGCACACCACAUACCACACACCGGGCAUUGUUCACCAGGUACCCGUCAGCAUGGGGCACCACGUGCUGCCCUCACCCACCCUGCACCACAGCCAGUACCAGGCUCAGUUUGCUCACCAGACGUACAUCAGCGCCUCGCCUGCUUCCACUGUCUACACUGGAUACCCACUGAGCCCCACCAAGGUGAACCAGUACCCUUACCUCUAGAGCCAAGCCAACACACUGGAGACCCAGACCCCCAGAUCCAGAUCCCAGCAAUGCUGCUGCUGCUCACUCCAUGUCCUCCCUCCCCAUCACCACUCCACAGACAGAGAGAUAGAGAGAGAGACAUGCAAUCUUCAUAAAACUGUCACGUUUACUUGAAGACAUAAUGACAGAGAGGAAAAAGGUAAAUAAAUAGACAGAAAGGAGAGGUGGAAUUUCUAUUAUUACUUUUCUUUUCCCAAAAAAAUCUCCAAAAGGGCCAGUUUUGCUUUGUUUUCUCUCUUAGGUAUAUUUCUACUUUCAAAUGAGAGUAAUUUCUCAUUAUCUUACAGCAAGGUCUUCAUAACGGGCCUUUGGGAGAGGUGGAGGCUUUUUGUUUGUUUUUGUUUUCCCGUCUUGAAUUGGAAAGGGACUGUUUUAACAAGGGGUCCCUCUCUGGAUGUUGGAAUUCCCAUCAUAAGAAUUCCCAAGAAUUCCCGUGAGGAUUUGGGAAUGAAGGUGAAAUACGGAAACCUGCUGCUCUUCAAAGAAUACAACAAAUAAUGAUGGCCUUGAACUGUCUUAAACAUUUCCAAAUCAUUCAAUGUGUGGGGGAGAGAGAACGAAGCAUCCCUCCACAUCCCUCACCCAUCCUUCUCCAACAGACAACUGGAGUCAGGAGUCUUCUGGAAAUAUAAUCAACAAAAGACACAAAAAAAGAAGGUAUUUUCCCUUUGUUUUUUAGUUCUCACCUUUUUGAGAAGACUUAUGUUUUAGCUAUAGGAGUUGUAGCUGAGCCCUGUUUUUAGAAUGUAGCAGUCUGCACCCAGAUUCUUUUAUGAAUAACUUUUUCUGAUACCAAUAGAAUUGAUUUGUUCCUCUUCUUUCAUUGUGAUUGCACAAAGUGGUUAUAAUAACAUAGGCAUGUACAACGUGAUUGUCUGUGUGUGCGUGUGCUACUGUCAGCCAUGUGUGUGUAGUCCACCUCUUGCACCUUUGUGCUAUAAUACUUGGAAUCCUCCGCAGUCUUAGGUUUGACCAUUGUUCCCUCGUAGUGCCUUACAGAUAUAACCACACAGUUUACGUCGCUGGAACCUUGAGAACCAACAGACUAGCUGGAACUGGUUCCUUUCUUUGACGUCUUAUUGUCGGGGCAGAUUUGAUUUCUCUUCCAGGUGUAGGCUUAGCCCCUAGCUCUGUGUCCUAUCCUUAUGACAGUAUACUACAGCCAUAAGAGGUUAGAGUUCAUAUUUAACUGACCUGUGGCUUUUUUUGUAAAGUGUACAUGAGUUUAACUUGCCUGGGGUACUGAACCAAAGUCGUUAGAUCAAUCCUCUUUACAUUGUGUGCUGGAUAUACAUUUUAAUUUGUGUACAGUAUAACUGUAAGUCACCGUGGCGCACAUACAUACAAUGGCUUUAGUUUGAGAUGUGUUACUUUUAUAUCACACAAGGGAGUCUGUGCCCAGGAAUAAUAGAACAGAGAAGUAUCAGCACAAGGAUCCAAUUAGGGGUAAUGGAAAAAGCAAAAAUACAAGAAAGUGACUGUCAAAAACAUUUAUGUGGUGAGUUCAUUUGACACAUCAAUAGUCCAGAGUUCGAGAAAAAAUAGGAAUCUGAGGUUAAACGCUAAGCCAGUAGAAAGGCCUGAUGGGAAGUGGUGGUUGCUAUGGCGGCAAUUUUCAGAAGGCCACCGAGAGAGAGCCUGGUUGUUUGCAGUAGGGAAGCAGAGUAUUGAGGACUGUUGAGAGGGGUUGCUCGGUAGGAGUAAGACCUGGGUUCAAAUACUAUUUGAAAUCUUUUAAAUAAUUCUAACGUUUGCUUUAGAAUGCCUGCAGGGCCAGAUGGGCGGCAUUUGCAGUUUUUCAACUAUUGCAUUGCGCCAGGCAAACUCAAUCAAGCCCAGCUAAAGUAUUUGAAAUAGUAUUUCAACCCAGGUCUGGCAAGAGUGAGUGAGUGAGUGAGUGAGUGAGUGAGUGAGUGAGUGAGUGAGUGAGUGAGUGAGUGAGUGAGUGAGUGAGUGAGUGAGUGAGUGAGUGAGUGAGUGAGUGCGUGCGUGAGUGAGUGACUAGUAGAAAGCAUUUGGUUGGUCUGGGUAGGAACUGAGGAUGGCAGAGUGGUAGUGUGGCAUUCCUCAUGUAAAUGGGACUAAAAGAAUAGCAUGUUGGCAUGGAGCAGGUUGGUAGUAACAGUGACGGUGGGCAGGAGUUACAGGAGCACUGCAUGAAUGCACACCUAACUCUGAUACAAGUUGUUGUAUUGUUGUAGUGGUUUUGUAUAGAUAAAUGGAAGUUAUUUAGUCAUUUCUGCCCUGAGGGUUGUGUAGCACCUCUCCACAUAGAGAGAGAUGUGAACGGAACAGAAAUGCUACUGCGUACACCUGGAAGGGCUUACUAUGAAAUGGUCUUCAUUUGUUGACACUGUAUCCAUUUUGUCUUCGGAAUCAUGUGUUCACAGAUAGCAUACCACCAGAAAGGGAUACCUAAUAGUAAGAGAACUGAUUGGGCUAUUGCUUCUAUGUGUUUGCUGCUUAAUUUAAUAUCAGUUGUAUUUCUCGUAGCCAAUGAUAUAUGAUUACUAUGUUUGUUGUAGUGUCCUCAUGAAGUAGGCACAUCAUAAAUACUUGUGGUUUUAGUGAGAGCCUUCCCCCUUAUCCCUUCAUGUCAUGCCAUAGUACUUGCAUUUUAAGUGAUUAUUUUAUUUCUACGUUAUUAUUGAACUUUUUAAUUGUAUGUAGGUACAGUAUAAACUGUAUUGUGUUAUUUUACAGAUUGUUGCAAUAAUUAUUGUGGAUGUUUUUAUCAGUGAUUUGUUAUUAGGCUCAUUUCUAAGUUGAUUUGUAACUGGGAGUUGCUGUACAGCGAUGUUAUGUAUUCAUAAGGAGGGGUGUAUGCCUGUGUAAAGUGUUCAGGCACCGUUGACAAUAAUAAAGUUAUAAAGUAGACAAUAAUCCAUUUGGGCCCUUAUGGGUAGGUAGCUUAGACUUGAGUGUGUCAGACCAAGGUUUGCUCCCUAAACUAAACCUAAAACAACAACAUUUUGGUACUUCACCAAUAGGCCACCACACUCCCUCUAGCUGGCUCCACCAUGCAAGCCUUGGGUUCCAGGCAGUCAAAGAUGUGAUGCGUAGCAUGUAUAGGUUGCUGGUUACAUCAUUUUCUUUCUGUUCUGUGGUGUAUCUUUGUUGGUACUUUUUUGUUGAUUUCCAUAAGGCCUGUGGGCCUAAGAACACAGAUACGGGAGCUGCUUUUCCACAUGAGUGGUUGGCCCCUCCAUAAAGAGGCAGACUACUGAAACAUUCCACCAUAGGGAGAAUCUGGCAUCCAUACUGCACACCCUACAGUCUCCAUAGCUCUCUGAUCUGAUGAUCUGAUGACAUUUUUGGACCUUUCUUUCUUUCUUUCUUCCCACCAAAGAAAUUCAACAUGUUGACGAUGUACAGUACAAACACAAAUAAUCCCCAUGUGGUCUGGCAAUAACUUCUGGUCCAAACAAGUACCUUUACAGCACAUUGAGUGUGCUUUGAGGGCUAUUGAUGGGUUUUAAGCAAAUGUUAGUGUGUGAAGUGUACAGAUACUACAGUAGAACGCCAGUAUGGGCACAACACACACAUACAUGAAUGAUUCAAGUUGCCAUAAUAUCUUAAGCUAUUUGACUGCCAAUUGCAGUCCACCAUUCUCAAACAUCUAUGAUUUGAAGAAAAUAUGUUUUAGAUCUGUCACUCGUUACCCCUAAAUGUUCCAUUACCCCUAAUGUUCGUUACCCCUAAUGUUCGUUACCCCCUAAAUGUUCCAUUACCCCUAAUGUUCGUUACCCCUAAAUGUUCCAUUACCCCUAAUGUUCGUUACCCCUAAAUGUUCCAUUACCCCCUAAUGUUCGUUACCCCUAAAUGUUCCAUUACCCCUAAUGUUCGUUACCCCUAAAUGUUCCAUUACCCCUAAUGUUCGUUACCCCUAAAUGUUCCAUUACCCCUAAAUGUUCCAUUACCCCCUAAUGUUCCAUUACCCCCUAAUGUUCGUUACCCCCUAAAUCUUCCAAUGUUGAAUCUCAAACUUCUCUCUGAAUUGUUUUACAUGUAAGUUAUAUUUUAGCUUUAUUAAUGUUGUAAGCAGAUUCGUUUGUAAAAAACAAAAACAUGUUAUAAGUUAGUGCGCCAUGGAAUGACCUAUAGAGUGAAAUAAAAAACAAAAAAUACCUUUAAAAUAAUGGUCACUAGCACAAAAUGAAUAUAAUAUGUGACCUGCUUCAUCUGAAAUGUUUAUAUAUUUCUGCUUGAGUGAUCAUUCGUUUAAGUAAAGAUUUGAGUUCUACAUUGGCGCUUGCAACGCCAGGGUUGUGGGUUAGAUUCCCGGGGCCACGCAUACGUAAAAAUGUAAGUCGCUUUGGAUACAAGUGUCUGCUAAAUGGCAUAUAUUAUUAUUACAAAAAAAUGUGUUGCCGUGCAAGAUGCAAUAAGUCUGAUUCCAGCUAAAACAACUUGACUCAACAUAAACUCACAGAAAAAUGAAAAAUGUUUCUUCCAAUAUGGGGUUUUCAAAUAUUAUUUAUUUGAUUUUAUUAAAACAUUUUCAAGUAUAAUCUAUAUUUAGCAAUAUUCGAGAAGCCCUUUUGACCCUACACUCAAUUUUGUUUCAAUGGACUUGCUAUAUUUGGAAUGAAAUAACAUUUUAAUGUGUAAAAUAUUUGAGCGUCGUACCACGUUGUUUAACGUGUUAUGUGUUUUAUGGGAAAUAUGAUUCAGAAUGUGAGCAUCAACGUAGAUCCUUACAAUUACCAAAAUGUGGUAUUCUUGUGCUAAUGAAGUUUGUUUACUUUGAACAUCAUCUCUCCCGUGCUACAGUAGCCAUUUCAAUGUUAGAAUAAUGCCUUCCAAAUAACUAAACCAUACCCUUUAAGGUGUGGUUUGAAUUAAAGAGAGCUGUGUAAAGCGGUCUUUUGGUGAAGCCUGGUAUUUUUACAACUUUGUUGUUCUUGAAAUACUUGCGCUACACAAGAAGUGUUCAGCUUCCAACUUUUCCCAGAGUGUGAUUGCGAGUGCUCUUUCUGGAUCCUUGUAUGAAAUAUUGUGAAACAUUCCUGAAGGAAUGGCACACAUUGCCAGUUAGUCUUCUCAGGUCAAACCCCUCUGAAGUGACUUGAAUCAUUUUACCACCUUACCAGAAUAGAAUAAUCACACAACCUCUCCUCCCCUUCAUGAGAGCUUUGCAAAGUACACUCUCCCAAAGAAGCAGGGAGGUAGGAAAAGUACUUGUUUUACGAUUAUUUAUUUUAUAUGCAUCACUGAAACUCUGUAACCCAGUAAUAACACAUUUUAAAGCCCUUCUGUAUGACUAUUGAUGUGUCUGUGUUUGUAUGUUUGUCAAGGGAAUCACCCCCUGCUUUAGGUUUUUUCUUUGGGGAUUCAGGCCGCAGCGGUCAAGGGUUUGAUGCCCCCAUUAAUGGAAUACGUCAAAUGUUGUCAUUUGGACAGUUUUUUCAAACAUGUACUUAAGAACCAACAUGUCAUAUUUUCUACCCUCUUGCUAAAGACAUGCUAGAAGUCUCAUUUUCCUAUUAUGCACACAUUUUGAAACAAUUUGGUUUAGAAAAUGUAUUGUUUAGCUAUUUCUUGCCAGCUCAAACCACAAAUGAGCAUUGUACUAAUGUCCUUGAGCGGAUGGGUUAUUGCCUAAUGAAUUCCCAUUGAUAAAUCCCAAUAAAACCUUGUUUCUCCAUAGAUGACAGAGGGACAAGGGAUAUAACAGUAAACUGCUGUAACUGUCAUACUGUACUGUAGUCAUUUUGCAGUAAUAUUGAUUUUGAUUUUGUACUUGAACAACUGCAUUCACAAUGAAACAAUGAUAUUUUUGUACAAAGUAUCAAACCCUAAGUUAGCAUCAAACCCUGUCCUUGUUGUGUGUCCAUUGCUGUAUGUUUUUUCAAUGGUGUUGAAAUCUCAUUGUUGUUCAGGCUAUUAUGUGCUGCAGUAUUUCCUAGUAUACUUCUUUGUUAAUUUUCUCUCUCAUUUACAUUUAUUGGGGAUUUUUUUAAAGUGCGUUUGUUGUCUCCUUAAUAUCUGUUGAUAUAGCUUUAUAUGUACCAUAUUCCUUAGAAUAAUAUUAUUGAGUAUGUUGUGAGAAUGGAUAUUUUACUGGCUUUAUAGAAUGUUUAAAGAAAUAUAAUAAUGAGAAUAAGAAGAAUGAUUAAUUGAACUCCUAACAAGUUGAGUACUUGGCUACUAAGCGCUUGUGUUACCAUUAAGAUGUUGUGUGCUUCUCUUAAUCAUUUUCGUUGUAGAAAAAUUGAGUGAAUUUAAAAUAGGCUUCAAAAAACAAAUUAUAGCAUUGUACAUUUACAGGAGGAUUUUAAUUGACAACUUGGUCAUAGAAGAAAAUACUGAUUUGAAUUGCCCUCUUUACUAACUGUAGGGUGAAGGGGCUGGCAUUGUGGUGAACUAUGUUCUAGCUUGUUAUUCACUGUUACUUUUGAUCAUUUCUUCGGUCUCCGAGGUGAAUCGAGUUAUUCAUGAGAAUUUGUAUGCUCACAUAUGCAUAUUGUAUAUGUGUAGAAAUGUAAUCACACUUUGUCUUGGAUUUACAUUAAACUGUUAAGUCACGGCACCAGUC